ACCACGGCCAUGGCGCAUCCUCGUGAGAGACAUGAUGGCUCUUCUCAUCGACCGUACUUCUCGCAUAAUGACCACGACAGCAGCAUGUAUGACGAUCGAUCUCGAUCUCGCUCGGCUGAGCUAAGACAUCAAGCACACGGCCACACGCAUCGAGGGCCAGCUGCGGACGGCAGGUUUGAACGCCCCAGAGAUUGGGAGGCUGACCAACGCUACCGAGGUCACUAUGACCGAGACGAUCAUCGCCCCCCAAAACGGAGGUCUUCCCCUCGUCGAGGUAGAGACACAUACAGAGACCGUGAUAGGGAGGGAUAUCAAAGUGGCAGCUACAGUCGCAGCCGCAGCCCUCGUCAAGGGCAGUCCCAUGUUGGACAAGUCAGCAGGGAAGUAAUGAUGGAAGGCUUUCCAGUGGAUAUGACAGAACAAGAUGUGAGUUACCAACCGAAGAAAGCUCAUAUCAGCUACUCAAAUGGCCUGGAAGAUAUUCGAGUGAUUCGGGAUCGGCAGACCAAAUUGUCGAGGCAGCUAGGCUUCCUGCGUUUCUCCACUAUUGAGGCAUCGCGCGCAUUCGUCGAAAGCAACCUGCCUUGCAUUUAUCUUUAUGGCCCUAGUGCAGGCGCGAAUGACAGAAGCACCAAAGUUCGGAUUGCUUACAGUCGCGAAAGAGAAGAUCGAGCUCGCCCGAAAGGAGCAGGCGACUGGAACUGCAGGAAAUGUUUCAUCAUCAACUUUUCUACACGUCCGCAUUGCUUCAAAUGCGGAAAUCCACGACCCAACAUGGACCCUACCGGCCCUCCCGGAAUUCCUGCUCACAGAGCAGCUAAUGACGGCGAUAGCGAUGCCGCUCCGGAGCACCAGCCCUCCCAGUUUCUUCUACUCCGUGGUCUGGAGGCGUCCGUCACGGAAGAGCUUCUUGCAAAAGGAGUCGCUAAGUUGUAUCGGCCCUCCAGCUCCACUGAAAACGCCCCGGGUAAUCAGAAGAAGGGAGCUAAGGUUGCCUCGACGACUGGCGACAGCAAUCUCGGAGCGCGUGAAGGAUCCCUUCGUCGCGUGCUCCUUGUACGUGACCGCAAAACCAAUGAAAGCUGGCGUUAUGGAUUUGCGGAAUUCGCAGGACUCAAUGAUGCGCAAGCUGCAAUGGCGCGGUUCAACUCAUUCGACAGAUUUACAAUUUCUUCAAAGCCGGUUCUUGCCACCUACAUUCAUGGAGGAGUCCCAUCAAACAACCCAUCUCUGCAGUUGAUGUACUGGGAUGAUGCAGCUUACGUGACUGAACUCAAGCUUACGACCGAAGAAGACGAUGCUGCGCAGGAGCAGAGUGGCGCCAAGAACACCUCCAACAAGCAAGACGCUCAGGGCAAGGUCGUGAAAGACUCCGACAAGGCGAAAAAGAGAAAAGCCGAUAACACAGCCAGUACGACUACCAAGAAGCUUGCCAUGCCCUCGCAGCUGCAAUUCUGGAGUGACCGUCACGCUGAGCUACAUGGGAUUAACCGAGGUGAUGACAACACUACGGAAGCCGUCGCGGACCAGGACAUCCCCAUGACUGACCAAGAUGCUCCGCCCGCCGCUUUUUCCGCUUCUCCCGCUGGUCCCGUAGCUGGUGCAUUGGCCGAGUCCUACCUGGAUUUGAACACCGCCUGCUGCCACCUGUGCGUGCGCCAAUUUGCAUCAGCGGACGAUGUUCUCCUCCAUGAGAAAACCAGUGAAUUGCACCAAGGAAGUCUGCAGGAUGAAGAUGCAAGAGUGUGCGGCAACUACAGAUUGGUUAAAUUUGGACUUGCGCCUUGCCCAAGUCCAGUUUACCGAUUCACCGCGGAGGAUUUUGCUGGUGAAAAUCCUAGCACUUCUAUCCCCGAGCAGGCUUCGUCUUAUGCGGACAUGAACCGGCUCAUCUGCACGUUGUGUCAAACCCGGUUUAUCAGUCGGGAAGCCGCCAUCUGGCACGACCGCCUCGAUGUACAGCAUCAGGAAAACCUAAAGAAGCCGGCAAUGAGGGAUCGUGCCUUGCGUGAGUUGAUCGAGCAUGGCAUUGUCGAAGCACCUCAGAUCUAUCGAGAUCGCGCCAAAGAGCGUCGUGAGACGUUCGGUCUUGGAAAGUCCGGUGCCGCGCAGGUUUCCUACGCAGAUAUUAAAGAGCUCCGAUGCCUGUUAUGCUGGUGGAAGUUUACAACCGCUGAAGCUCUCGUUUACCAUGAGCGUCACAAUUCAGAACAUCAGGAGAAUCUGCAAAAGGAAGAAAAGAGGGCCGAUGGUGACUGCAGAUUGAUCAAGUACGGUUAUGCCCCUCUACCGACUCCAGUCUAUCGGUGUAAUCCAGAGAACCUCGGAGGAAGCGAUUCUCCGCCGUAUUCAUCAUACGCAGACCUGGAAAAGAAGUGCUGCUACUUGUGCUGGCAGGAGUUCCCGAGUCCGGAAGAAACACUCCGCCACGAGCGUAUCAAUGACUUGCACCACGCGAAUCUAAAGAUUAAAGAAAAGAGGGAAAAAGGCAUGCGUGCUUUGGUCACCAGAGGUCUUGUGAAAUUGACCCAGAAGUCCCAAGGCUCCGCAAACGAGAACCGUGAGACGUCUGGCCCCGAUGGUGCUAGUGCCCGUCAGAAACCCGCCGAACAACAGAGCCAGCCCCAGCCACCUGCGCAGACAGGUUCGAUUGGCGCUUCUCUUCUCAGCAAGAUGGGCUGGAAAGAAGGCUCUGGCCUCGGUGCUGACGGUGCUGGUGUGACAGCACCGAUCUCUACCGACGUUUAUGCACCAGGUGUGGGACUGGGUGCUCAAGGAGGAAGACUGGGUGAUGCAGCCGAGGAAGCGGGUCGCAACACUAGAGGACGGUAUGAUGAGUUCCUGCAGAAGACCAAGGAUAAUGCACGCCAGCGCUUCGAGGACAUGGAUAAAUCCUAA